UUUAUUUUUAAUGUCACCAAUAUGUCAUCAUAUUUGUUAGAUAAUAAAUAAAAAUAAUGGUAUAUACGGUAACGGAAAAUCACGAUAACGUUAAAAUAUAAAGAUAUAAAAUGACUGAUAUGACAGCUCACUUUUCGAUCACUUUCUCGUCAUUUUAAUGUCAUUAAUAUAAUUUUGUGUUCUAUCUGGACCUGUCAUAAAAGACCUUUCUAGGAAACCUCCGUACGAGUUGUGUUCUAGGGAAAGCUUCCUCCGCGCGUUUUAAAAUAAAUACCAUUCUCAACGAUUCUACGACGCUGAGGCAUAUCGUCGUUCAGACGUGUUUUCCGACUCGUGCCCGACUAUUUGCGUCGGGAUUAUCGCUACCGAGUUGUAAAUUCGGCCGAGAACCAUGCGUCGUCUGCCGACGGCCGACGACGUCGCGCCUAAUUCAGGUAAAUGAUUCAAGCACCCGAACAUUGCGCGCCGGCUGUUUCCCGUGAAGGAUAUCGACGCUCGAACAGGACACGAGCGGCGAUCAUCGUGAUGACGAAUCGCCGGAAUAAUUUUGAAUGGUUACGUAGAAUUGUUCGCUGCUGCAGCGGUGGAAGAAGCGCAUAGCGGUGGUUCGCGCGGUUCUUGGAACAGCGGAGUUGAAAAGAACGCGCGCCCGUUAUAUAUUUAGCUAAACACACACACACACACACACACUAUCUGCGGUUCAUCGAAGUCAAAGAGCGCCACGAGCGCAUCUUUGACGGCGCGUUUUUUUAUUAUUUAAAUAGCAUCCUUUUUUCGCGUAGUUCGCAAAUCGAAUCUUGCUUAGUCGUGAAAGUGCUUCCGCCCGGGAGGACGCAUGAGAGACCGACUCGUCCUUUUCCUCCCACCAUUCUCACACAGGCGCGAUUAUAAAUCGCCGGCUCGGCUUCACGUAGCGGCCCAUUGUUUUUGUACUUUUUUUUUUUGGUGGAAAAUCAGUCCGACGCGGUGUCGCGCGAAAGGAGAAUGAGAAACCGACGAGCGACGGUGGAAACUGUUACGGUCGUGCUCCAUAUAGUUGACUGCUAACGUUACGAGAACGCAAGUCGUAACGUUAGUCGGCGACGGGCGAACUGUACAUGCACGUGUAUAUACAGGGUGUCCCAGAUUAACAGGAACAAACUUCGCGAGGGCGUAAAACGGAUUGAGGAAUAAUGUAAUAUUUUUCGGGGAAGAAUUGAUGGACCUUGCGGGAAGAUGGGCAGAAUUUUCGGGAGAGCGUGAAGAAACCCAAGGACAGGAAAUAUACGGAAAUAACGACAUCGAGAUUGUUUUCAAUCUUUUUUGUUCGAGUUGACGUAGAGUCGCUUGCGAAAUAAAACGUUUUGUAUAGCAAAAUCUGGAAGAUAGAAGACCUUUGCCGGUAUUCAUAGUUGGAUCUUAUAUUUAAGAUUGUUUAUCUUCAGAUGUUUUGUAGCCAAUGAAAUAACCUAUAGAGUAUCGAAAGAUAUACUUAAGACGAUCUUAAAUAUAAGACUAUGAAUGUCGGCCCUUGUCAUACAAAUUUUUCUUUGCAGAAAAUUCCAUUCCGUAGGAACUAUUUUUCGAGAAACUUUCUUCAUAUAUACAAGAAUGUCGAAUAAUUACGUUUAAGCCCUGAUGAUUAAUAUUCUCGGAAAAAUCGAAGAGCUUUCGUCAACUGGAACUGAACAAAUUUUGCAUUUCAAACUUCAAUCGACGGAUCAAACUUGAAGUCAUUUGUAAACGAAACAUGAAGCAUGAACAUUCUAUUUCGUCAAAAGCAUGAACAUUCUAUUUCGUCAAAAGUUAAUUCGUUAGUUCUAUACUUUUAAAGAUUUGGGAAAUAGUUUUUUCCAUUUUUCUGCAAAUUUUCUUGCUUUCUUUGCGAGGAAAAAUGGAAAGAAACUUGUUUUAAACUAUAGUAAUUUCUCGUUUCAUUAUUAACGAAGAACGUCCUUCUCCUUGUUCUCCGUUUGCUCACGUGGCGAAUUUUUCGCAAGGAAAGCCGCGUGUCUCCCCACGAUCGGGAGCAACGAAAGGCGAAGCGACACGAACCGUGCCAGUCGCCGCAUACGUCGUGGAUGAACGAAAAGGAAACGAACGAGAGGAGAGUGUACCGGGCGACGAGAGAAACGUCUCGAAAUAUCGCAUGUCGUGCAUUUUUCGAUCGGACAAUUCGAACGCGGUGUCGCGAGACAAGCGCGUCCUUUACAAAAUGAUCAACUUCCCCGCGACGCGUCGUCGCGAUUGUGAUUCACCGCGGUGAAAUCGAGGCCAGGGCGUCAAAGGCACCCGCUGUAUCGCCCGGCACUGCGGUCGGCGCGGCGGAAACGGCCGAGCGCUCCACACUACACGCCGAUCUCGGCCGAGCGGAGUUCCGAUCAGCUCCGAUCGCGGCGGAGCGCGUUAGUAGCGAUUCGGCGGCAGCAGUGAGAGCAGUGCGGCAUCGCACCGAUAACGCAAGAAGGAGGUGGCGCGGAGGUGGUGACGACGACGAAGGAGAAGAGACGACGAGAGAAGUGAAGUGAAAGAGAGUAGGGCAGAGAGACGAGAAAGUGCGAUCGCUGUUGCUCGCGACGGUCCUGACGAAGCUGCUGCCGUUUCGGGAGGCGGCUGGCCGACAUCCACGAGUAUCGAGACGUCGCACGCAUGCGAGGCUCGCCGUUGCGUGGAACAUGUACAUGACGAAGGUGGCCGACGGUAGUGCGAAAAAGUGGCGAAAAUUGUGAGAACAGUGGUGGUGGCGGCGGUGGUGGUUGUUCGGUGUCGCCGUCGGUGGCGAUAAUAGUGGUCGCGAUAACGACUGCGGCGGCAUCAGCAUCGGUGGCGACGGCGACGGCAGCGGUGGCGGCAGCGGUGCGGGUAGCUACGACGGUGACGGUGAGGCGGUGGUGGUGCUCCGAUGGUACUCCGGUGUGCGCGCGUGCGGUGCUAGGAAAGAGUGUCGCGCGCGUGCUUUACCACUGGUGGCGGAGGUGGUGGUGUGUGCACGUGUUAGAACGACACGCACUCGGUUGGCGAGGUCGUGUUUCGUCAUCCUCGCCGUCGUCGCCGCCGUCGUCGUCCUGGUGCCCGCGGUCUCCUCACUCCGUCCCACUACCGCGCGCCGUCAUCGGCGGAACGGUCGUCGUCUCAUACGCUCGUGACGAGUCGCUCCGGCGGCAGCGGCAACUUCUCCCCCCUCUACGGCGCGCCGUCGCCGUCGUCGUCGACGCUUCUCUCAGUCGCUCUCGCCGGGGGCCACCGCACCGAAGGCGUUUGUGCGACGAGCCAGGGCCAGCUCUGCUACGCAAGAUGGCUGUGUGUCGCUGACGAGAGGCCGACAUAGCGGACGGAGGUACGGACGGACUGUGGAUAAGCGGAACAUGCGGCUACGUGAUCGUCGGGCCCGUCCCUGAAGAGAGAGACACUGGCCAAGAAGUGAGAGGGAAUGUGUGACAUGUUCAUCCAAACACAGCAGACGAGUAGCGUCAACGGCAGCAGCAGCAGCAGUAGCAGCAGCAGCAGCAGUAACAACACCGUUCACCAUCACAGCAAAAAACGCAAGUUGGAGUACAACGUGAGCCAGCCGGUGAUCCAGCACGCAUUGGUCCAAUCGACCGGCGACUACCAAUUGGACAAUACCGGUCUGCAGCAACGGUACUCCGUGAACGGUGUUAAUACCGCGUUUAGCUCGCUGCACAACAAUAAUGCGCUGCAGAAGAGUAGCCCGAACCAGCAGACCCUGGUACGAGCUUCGACGAUCAAGCUCUUAGACACGUACCAGCGCUGUGGCCAGAAGAGAAAAACUUGGUCGAGGGAGGGUAAUGGUGACAGUCUGGCAGUCCACUCGGCCAACACGACGAAUGCGGUGGGUAGUACUGUAGUGUCGCAGCACCAUACCCAACAGCAACAACAGCAGCUGCAACAACAACAGCAGCAGCAGCAGCAACAGCACAAGCAGGCGGGCAUGACGACGCACAGCAAGCAAGUGGCCAACGCGGCCAAUGCGGGCGGUGGCAGCAAUCCCCAGGGCGAUGGGGAUUAUCAUUUAGUACAGCACGAAGUCCUCUACUCUAUGACCAAUCAAUACGAGGUCCUCGAGUUUCUCGGCAGGGGUACUUUCGGACAGGUCGUAAAAUGUUGGAAAAAGGGUACGAAUGAGAUAGUGGCCAUCAAAAUUCUAAAGAACCAUCCGUCGUAUGCGCGCCAAGGUCAGAUUGAGGUCUCCAUCCUGUCUCGACUCAGUCAGGAAAAUGCGGACGAGUUCAAUUUUGUGCGCGCUUUCGAGUGCUUCCAGCACAAGUCUCACACCUGCUUGGUAUUCGAAAUGUUGGAGCAAAACCUCUACGACUUUCUAAAGCAGAACAAAUUUUCACCUCUACCUCUCAAGUACAUCAGGCCGAUACUCCAGCAAGUACUCACCGCGUUAUUAAAAUUGAAGCAAUUAGGAUUGAUACACGCCGAUUUGAAACCGGAGAACAUCAUGCUUGUGGAUCCGAUGCGCCAGCCGUAUCGUGUGAAAGUCAUCGACUUCGGAUCAGCCUCGCACGUGUCCAAAGCCGUCUGUAAUACUUACCUGCAAUCACGAUAUUAUCGUGCGCCCGAGAUAAUACUCGGGCUGCCGUAUUGCGAAGCGAUCGACAUGUGGUCACUGGGGUGCGUGGUGGCGGAAUUGUUUCUCGGAUGGCCUCUGUAUCCGGGCAGCUCCGAAUACGAUCAGAUUCGAUAUAUAAGUCAAACGCAGGGCCUACCGACGGAGCACAUGCUGAACAACGCCAGCAAAACAACCAAAUUCUUUUACCGAGACAUGGACAGUACAUAUCCGUUUUGGCGAUUAAAGACACCGGAGGAACACGAAGCGGAGACUGGUAUCAAAUCUAAGGAAGCGAGGAAAUAUAUUUUUAAUUGCCUUGACGAUAUCGGCCAAGUUAACGUACCGACUGAUUUAGACGGCGGCCAGCUUUUACCGGAGAAGGCGGACAGGCGAGAAUUUAUUGACCUCUUGAAGAGGAUGCUCACAAUGGACCAGGAGCGCCGUAUAACACCCGGCGAGGCGCUGAACCAUGCGUUUGUUACUUUGGCACACCUAGUCGAUUACGCGCACUGUAACAACGUCAAAGCUUCCGUCCAGAUGAUGGAGGUUUGCAGGCGCGCGGGAGACUUCACCGCGAGCCCGGCGCAUCAUCAGGCUCCGCCAGCGCCCCAGCCACCUCCACCAACGUCUUUGGUAGCCAAUUUUGUACCGACUACGAAUGGCAGCGCGGUGACUCUCACCUUCAACAAUCAAUUGACCAAUCAGGUGCAGCGAUUAGUUAGGGAGCACCGUACUGCGCAGACGGGAUACGACAAUCUGUAUCAAAUAUACAGUAACAGCAGUCGACGGGCGACACAGUAUAGCGGUUCAUCCAGCGGAUCCAACAGCGGACGAAGCGGCGUGCACGACUUUCCGCAUCAACUGGUGCCGGGCAUUCUGUGUCCGCCGCCUGGCUAUCAAACGAUGCCAAGUCCUGCUAAGCAUGUAGUUGUCGCUCAACCACCACAGGCUCAGCAGGCUCCUUUGCAGAUUCAGCCGUCGAUCAUAUCGCAGCAAGCCGUAGCCGCGGCGGCCGCGGCUGCUCAGCAACAGUACGCUGCGGUUCCCGUGUCUAUGGUUGAGACUGGUCGGCAGAUGCUGCUCACCAACGCCGUGCAAACAUCUUGGCCCGGUGGAAGUCGUCAGAUGGCAGCGAUCGUACCGUCGUGGCAGCAAUUACCGCCGCAGCACGCAGCCAUUCAACAGCCGCUACUCAGCGACGCUGGAGACUGGGGCAGACCACUUAUCGUCGACAGUUCUGCCAUAUUACAGGAUCAGCGGCCCGUGUUUCCCGUCACAGAAGUAUACAAUGCUAGUGCGCUCGUCGAGCAUCCCUCGCAAAGCUGGGGCAAGCGUACUGUCACCAAACAUCAUCAGCAUCAUGUUACAGUACCUUCCGUACAGCAACCCCCGCACAGGCAUGAUCAUAAGAAGGACACACAACAAUUGAGUCCUGUGAAGAAGCGGGUUAAAGAGAGCACACCGCCGAGUAGUAUGAGAAGGCAUUCGCCGACGUCGAGUAGUCAUUGGCAGGAGCAGCCGGUACAGUCGCAUCAUCACAGCAGCAAACACAGCAGCAGUCACAACGUGGAACACCAACAGGUCACUACUGUUCGGCAGCAGACCAUCACGAUCCACGACACACCUUCGCCGGCCGUUUCCGUCAUCACGAUUAGCGACAGUGAGGACGAGACUCCAGGAAAAUGCUGCGGAGACCGUCAGUGCAGCGCCUGUCAAAGUUUGGCAACUCGCUUGUCGGGCGACGGGCGCCCUGUCCGUGAAGAAGUCAUACGAAGCACGCAGUCAACGCCGCGCGUCGUGCAGACGACGAUGCAGCCGACGCACACGAGCAGUCAGCAGCAUACGAACGGGCACGUCGCGACGCACAGCAGCUCGUCGCACCGGGCGCAGCGCAAGAACGUCAUCAGUUGCGUGACCGUCGGCGACAGCGACGGCGAAGCCAGCCCGAGCCGCACGCACGCCCAUCUCUAUCAACAUCUGCCGCAGCAUUCGCAGCAUCAGCAGACCACGCAGUUGAUCAAGCACGAGCCGCAGCAGCAACAUCAUGUUAGCAGUAGCAGCAGCAGUUCAGGGUAUUCUUCGCAGUCGCAGAAGAAGCGGCUGUUGGCGAAGGUACAGUCCGAGUGCAAUAUGGUGAACGUCGCGACGAAGCCGGAGCCCGGUGUCGAGUAUCUUGCUCCGCAUCCGUGUCACGCGCCAGCCUGCAAAGAGCCACCGACCUAUCAGUAUGUGACCACGAGUAGCGCGCAUCCCCACCUUCAAGAACAGCAUAUCGUGUACACGACCGGCACGGACAAGCGAGUGUCUUGGCCCGGCAAGCGGGCGGAGUACAAGCACGAGUACGUUCAACCACCGGCCGCUCACUCGAGAGACCACCAAAAGUGGGUCGUGGCCAACCCGGUGCACCAGUACAGGCAGAGCCAGGUAGUGGGUUCGGCAGCCCAUCCGAGCCAUACCCACAGCCACCACGGACAUCCGGCUCACCUGAGUCCCGGUGGCGGUGGCGGGGGCAGGAGUCCUGCCAGCGGGGCUGUGAUAGGGAGCGCCCAGCACCUGGGCCAACCUCUCUACCAGGAGUACGCGCAUGUACGCUCGAGGGCCCACGCGGUGCCACCGCCUGUGUACGUUACCGCUGCGCCCUCGCAGGCCGCCACCGCUAUCCAGCAGCAGCAAGUGCCCACCUAUCAGGGAUUUACACCCGGCUCGUCUCCAUUAACGUUGUAUGAUUCUAGUCGAGCGUUGCCACCGCCAGCUCAUCACAGCUCGGCCAGACCGUUACUGGCGAGCCACGCAGCACAUCCGUUGCCUGCGCAUAUGCAGCCUACAGCCGUUUACGGAUUGACCCCGCUUUCGCCAGCCAAGCAUCAAUACCAACCUUCCGGUUUGUGGUUCACCGAGUAAAUUAUUUCCGUCGAGAAAGAGAGAGAGAGAGAGAGAGAGAGUGAGAGUGAGAGUAAGUCGUGGAAUAUACGAAUCGUAAACGAGCGAGUGAAAGCGAAGUAAUAACGAAUAAUCGCACGAUUUUCCUGGGAACUUACGAGCCGCUCGUGCCAAUCGACAGCAUGCAAACGCAUAUUGAACGAUCCGAUUUAACGGAGAUUUACCGCAAAAAAACUGAGGAGGGAGAGGGGGAAGAACACGUUCUGUCGUACACACUUUUCCUCGUCUUGCCGUCUUACUCGACCCGUAAGAGCGAGAAAUCGAUCGCGCACGUGUGUAUCGACCGGGGAUCGGUGGUACUGCGUCGCAAUGCGCGCUGACACUCACGAGAAUUAACGACUGAGCGGGAAGUUACGUGCGAGUUUGCCAAAUCAAAUCGCGAGAGCAAGGGCGCGUUUAAAGAUAAAAAAAACACUUUGACAAUCCGUCCUAAGCAUUCCCUUCCGAUCGCCCUCGCGGAGAGCAAAGCGCGACGAGACCACAGUCGGUGUUGUAACUAAAAUCUCUUUGUAUAUGUUUGUUACGCUUCUUACAUGUCCGACACGAUAUCCCAUCGUCUCAUUGCGACAAUCUCACAUGAGGAAAUCAAACAAAAGAGAGAAAGAGAAAGAAAGAGGAGAGAGAGAGAGAGAGAGAGAGAGAGAGAGAGAGAGAGAGAGAGAGA